AUGGAGCCGACGUUGGUCACCAGCGAGUGGGUGAAGUCCCGCAUUGCCGAGGGCACGCAUGCUUCCAAGGUGGUCGACUGCUCGUGGUUCCUUGUCCCGCCCUCGUCGCCUCACCGCCCCGUCCUCGCUGGAGCGGCGUACUUUGAUGUGGACGACGUGGCGGACCGGUCGGAGGACAAGAGCCCCUCGCCCCACAUGCUGCCCUCGCCCGACCAGUUCGCCGCGUGGAUGGACCGCCACGGCAUCACCCCUGACGAUCACGUGCUCCUGUACGACCACUCCAACGGCCUCCUCACUGCGUCUGCUCGCGUCUGGUGGACCUUCCGCGUGUUCGGGCACGGUCGGGUGUCGGUGCUGGAGGGCGGCUACGCGGGCUGGCCCGCUGGACUGGAGAUCCCGGCUCAAUGGCGCAUCGUCGUGCCAUCCGACGUGCCGAGCGGUGCCGCCCCCGCCUCCUACCCGGCCUCCUACCACCCCGAAUUGGUGUGGGGCCAAGAAGACGUGCUCAAGCACAUCGUGAGCGCUGGCAAGCAGGACGACGGCCGCCGCCACAUCCUCCUCGACGCCCGCCCCGGCGAGCGGUUCCUCGGCCAGGCCGGUGAGCCGCGAAGGGGCGUGCCCAGUGGAAGCGUGCCCGGUUCUGUGUCGUUUCCCUUCCCCCAACUCUUCCGCAAGGUGGAGCGCACGAACGAGCGGGGCGAGGUGGAGGCCGUGCAUCUGCUCAAGAGCCGCGAGGAGCUCGUCGAGCUGUUCGCCCAGCGGGGCGUGCCCAUCGCCGACAAGAGCGGGGAGCAGACGCAUGACGAGGUGGCGGUGGCGGCCAUGUGCGGGUCAGGCGUGACCGCGUGCCCGCUGGCCCUCGUCCUCUACACCUUUGGCCGCCCCGACGUGCCCAUCUACGACGGCUCCUGGACGGAGUGGGCGUUCACGGCCCACCCGAAGCAGCACCUGCAGCAGCUCCCGCCCGACGUCGUCCCGCUCCGCAAGUACCACCACUGA